AAGUUGUUUUUUAAAACCAUUGGUAACGAUAUUUGGUUAUUUUGUUUUGGUGUUAUUACAGCAUUUGCAUCAAGUUGGGUUGGUUUACAGGUUCCAAAGGUGUUUGGUAAAUUGGUAGAUUGCACAAAGAAUGGUGAAGAGUUAAAAGGUCCAGCAACACAAGCUGUCAUUGUAUUAUUGGUUCAAGCUUCGUUGAAUUUCUUAUAUUCUACCCUCAUUUCUAUAGCCUGCGAAAGAUAUUCAUCAAAAUUAAGAAACACUUUAUUCUCUUCGAUGUUGGAGCAAGAAAUUGGUUUCUUUGAUCAAAAUUCAACUGGUGAUCUUAUCAAUCGUAUUUCAAGCGAUGUUCAGUUAGUUAGAUCUGCACUAAAGCAUUCGGUUUCAUUGGGUGUUAGAUCGAUUGGACAAAUUGUAGGUGGUAUAAUAUCGUUGGUAUUAAUUUCACCAAAGUUAUCCUUUGGUAUGAUGACCAUUUUACCAAGUAUGGUUAGUAUCGGUACUAUUUAUGCUGGUUGGUUAAAGAGUCUUAGCAUCCGUUCACAAGCUGCUCAAGCCCAAUCGACCAUCGUCGCUGAAGAGGCAAUUGGUAAUGUUAGAACAGUUACAGCAUUUUCAAAUCAACAUUACGAGGCUGAUAGAUUCAAAGAAAAGAAUAAGAAAUCAUUGUCACUCUCUACAGAGUCUGGUAUUCAAAUCGGUAUUUUCCAAGGUAUAACAUCGUUGGCAUUAAAUGCUGUAUCUUUAUUGGUUUACUGGUAUGGCGGUACAUUGGUUACUCGUGGCGAAAUGACAAGCGGUCAAUUAACAUCAUUCAUUAUUCAUACUAUGAAUAUGCAGCAUUCAUUCUCUCAGAUUUCAAUUCUCUUCACACAGACUAUGAGCGCAAUGGGUGGUAUGCAAAGAAUUACCGAAAUGAUCAAUCGUAUUCCACAUAUCAAUUCUAACAAAGGUUAUAAAUUAAAGAAUCUUAAAGGCCACGUAGAGUUUAAGAAUGUCGAUUUCAGAUAUCCAACUCGUCCACAUGUUCAAGUUUUAAAUGGUUUAAAUUUAACUUUAAAUCCAGGUCAAGUUAUUGCUUUGGCUGGUUCCUCAGGUGGUGGUAAAUCAACUGUUGCUGGUUUAUUAGAAAGAUUUUAUGAUACUUGUGGUGGAGAGGUUUUUAUUGAUGGUAUCUCAAUUAAAAAAUUAAAUGCUAAAUGGUUACGUUCUAAAAUUGGUAUUGUUAGCCAAGAGCCUUCAUUGUUUGCUACCUCAAUUAUAGAAAAUCUUCGUUAUGGUAAUCCAAAUGCAACAUUUGAAGAAAUUAUUGAAGCUGCAAAAUUAGCAAAUGCUCAUCAAUUUAUCUCUAUAUUCCCUAAUGGUUAUGAUACCGUUGUUGGAGAAAGAGGUGUACAAUUAAGUGGUGGUCAAAAACAAAGAAUUGCAAUUGCAAGAGCAAUUUUAAAAAACCCACAAAUUAUUAUUUUAGACGAAGCUACAAGUGCAUUAGAUUCAGAAAGUGAACAUUUGGUUCAAGAGGCACUUCAAAAUUUAAUGAAAGGUCGUACCACUUUAAUUAUUGCCCAUCGUCUAUCAACCGUUAAAUCAGCCGAUGCUAUUGGUGUACUUUCUCAUGGUAAAAUUGUCGAAUUUGGUUCUCAUAACCAACUAAUGAAAAACCAAAAUGGACUUUAUUUUAAUUUGGUUCAAAGACAAUUAUCCCAAAAAGAUUAA